GCGUUGGAAAACUAUCCAAAUUUUUUUCGUCCAAUACCUAUCAUUUUAAUUUCAAACUCGAGUGUGGUUACGAAAUGAUCAUGGUUUCGAAUAAAGUUAUAGUUUCCGUAUUCUUGUACAUCGUGAUAUCGAAAGUACAUACCAUUACGGCUUCAAACCCAUCAGAAGAUUUAGCAGAUGAAUAUUACACAACAACGCCAACAGUAACUGCAGAUUUCAUUCCUCAAGAUGAAAAGGACGCUCAAACUAUCGUAGACAGUAACAGAAACGAGCAAGUAAUCGCUGCAAUUUUAUCAAACCCAGAUAAAAUUCGACGAAAUGCCAUACACCGAAAAAUUUUAACCAAAAUUACCGCAGUUGUUUCAAUAUCGUUCAAACAUUCGAGGAGCACAACACGUUAUUGGAUUACUGAAACGUAUCCUCCGCAAAGCAACACAAAUUCGACGAGAACUUUCAUGGAUUUAUGCUUCGGUUUAGUUGAAGAUGAAAAUGUCGUAUUGGGAAAAUAUUUGGAGAAUUUUUUCGAUAGAAAAGACGAAACUUGGAUAAUUAUUGGUAUGGUGCUGACCAAGGAUAUGGGAACUAUGAUAAAAACAUAUAACGACAAUAAUGGACCCGAUUCACUUAAAGACUUGCGGAAAUAUCAAAGACAUCCCUUCGAAAACAUGCUAAGAAGAUGGGUCCGGCAAAAUCGCGACCCCAUCGAAAACAACGAUCUAAAUCACGAUUCUAUUUCGGCAGAUGCAAAUGCUCUAAAAGCAGAACAAGACGACGGUGGCUGGCACGAAAAACGUACAGAAAUAGAACGAAUUCUGAUGUGGAAAUCAAUCAAAUACGUAAGAGCAGUGAUCCAAGAAUUUGAAAAGGCAAACGGAGGAAAAGCCAUCGAAGAUAUUAUUCAAGAUAACGUUCAAACCAAUAAGCUAAAUCACGAUCUCGCCGACGCUUACUCUUCAAUUGCUCGAUACGUCAAAGAUAAAUAUAAAUAUAUCGCCGAUACUCUGAGAAAAUACAGCGAUGGAUCCGAUAAAUGGGCUGCAUGGAUCAUGUGCAUUGCAGUCGUUCAUCCUCAAGAAUGGUCAAAAGUUGACCAAGCUUUCAAGAAAGACAAUAAAGACGAUUCUCUGACCAAAUUUAUACUGCAAAAACUCACCACUGAUAAGACAAUGGCGGAAAUGAUAGCGGUAGUAAUUGAUCCUGCAUUCAAACCGACCACAUUUACGGUGAAUUCUAUUCAAGGAAGCCCGGGAAAACCCCCCAGCACAUUACCACCAGUACCACCAACUACUACAGCACCUUCGUAAAGCGACCACCCUCCUCUCUCUCCUUGAAAUUAUUCAUUAUUCACUCAUAAUUUUUUGUGUACUUACAUCAAAAUAAAUGAAGUCGGUGUUGUUUAUGA